CUGGAGUUUAUCAUGGACAAUCCUGUGCUGUGGAAUGUGAAGAUGACAGAUUAUAGGCGGAAAGACAAGAAAGAGAAGAUCUGGGAAGAGCAAGCACAUCAGAUGAACAAGACUGUUGAUAUCCUCAAGGGCUGGUUCAGAUCGUUGCGCGACACCCAUACGCGCCUUGACAAGAAGAAAAGCGGGGAUAGUGCUCCAAACCUGACUGAGAGAGAACAGUGGAUCCUCUCAAAGUUUGCCUUCCUGAAGACUGUCACUCGCCACCGACCGGAGCCCAUGCAGAGUGUGAAGGAAACCAUCCAGCUUCACAGAGGAGAUCUUAAUGCUGCCGAGAGCGCCUGCGCUGAUAUGCAGGAUGUCUUAGAUGAAGUCACUCCAAUACCAUCAUCUACCGCUGGAAGGUCCCACAAGCGACCUCAGGACACAGAGAGUGACGUCCUUGAGACUCUACAGAAGAGAGUUGCUGAGUCUGGCACCAUCCUCAAAGACAUCUACAAAGCCAAACAACAGCCCAUUACAGCACGAAGUGUCUUUGCAAAUUAUGUUAAAGAGAGCCUUUUGACUAUGUCCAAGUCCAAGUACAAGAAGGCAAGGUCCUCCAUUAAUAGGUUAUUGUCUGAACUCAUGGAUGAGGACAGCGAUGAUGAAUUUCCAAGUGCAAUGGCGGCUCCAUCUAUCAAAGUUAACCAACAAGGGAUCCCUUCUCAACCACCUCAUGAUUUGCACCCCACUACAAGUAUUCCCUUCUGUUUAUUUAGAGCAUCAGCACCAUCCUUCUCUGAGCAUUAUCAGAAACCCAGCAACAUGCCUAUAAACAUGCCUCUGCCACCGUUGGUGAGAGGCUCUCAGCCCAUGGAGUACAUGCAGCAGUCUCACCAGCGGUUAUUUUAG